AUGGUGAUGAUGGCGCAAGACCCUGUUACGUUGGCGUCUCAAGCCGACAAAGCAGCACAAAGUGCCCAGUCCGGCUUCAGCUUCUUCGGCGCUCGUACAGAUAAGUACGAGAGCGCUGUCGAACUAUAUACAAGUGCUGCGAGCGCAUACAAGCUACAGAAGAGUUACAGAGAAGCCGGUUCAUUAUAUGAGAAGGCAGCUAUGAUCCAGAAGACUAAGCUGAACGAGCCAGACGACAUGGCGAACACCCUGCAAGAGGCAUUCAAAGCAUAUCGGAAAACAGCUCCUGAGGAGGCUGCAAGAGUAUUAUCUCUAGCCAUCGACCAUUACCUCUCGAAAGGCAACUUUAGGAGGGCAGCCGUUCAUAAACAGAACCUCGCUGAACUAUAUGAAGAGCUCUCAGACCGACGGCGAGCAAGAGAGGCGUACGAGGCUGCUGCUACCUGGUACGACGACGACAAUGCUUCUGCAUUAGCCAACAAGCUCUAUCUCAAGGCUGGAGAUCUCGCAGCGCUGGACGAGGACUAUUUACCCGCAAUUCAGUAUUUUGAGCAGGUGGCCCGCCAGUCGAUAUCGAAUAACUUGAUGCGAUACUCUGUCAAAGACUACCUUCUACGCGCUGGUAUCUGCCAUCUGGCGUUUGAUAUUGUCGGUGCUAAGCGUGCUCUGGAAAGCUACCGGGACCUUGAUCCAAGUUUCCUUGCACAGAAAGAAUAUCAGCUAUUAAAUGAUUUGGGCGAAGCGGUGGAGCAUAGUGACGCCGAGGUAUUUGCGGAAAAAUUAUUUCGCUAUGACCAACUCAGCCCCCUCAACUCCUGGUGCACGACUAUCUUGCUCAGGAUCAAGAACAAGAUUACGGACCACGAAGACGACUUUUCCUGA